AUGUCGAACAUGCAGAAUGCGGUCCCCGACGAGUAUGGCGACCAAGUCGCAAGCGAUGGCGAGUCGAUCGGGGACGAAAUGGAGCUGAAACAAGAGUCGCCCUACGCUUCUCCAAACGGUUCGGUUCUACCAGGCAAAAAUGCGCAGCAGAUCAAGGCGGCGGCGCAUUUGCAGAAACGAAGAAGAGUGACGCGGGCUUGUGACGAGUGUAGGAGGAAGAAGAUCAAGUGCGAUGGCAAGCAGCCGUGUACUCAUUGUCAGGUGUACAGUUAUGAGUGCUCUUACGACCAACCCUCGAAUCGCCGAAGGAACCCAGCGCCGCAGUACGUCGAGAACCUUGAGCAUAGAGUGCACCGAGCCGAAACGCUGUUGCACAUUCUUAUACCCAACCUCGACCUCAACGAUCCCGGCAUCGAUGCAGCUGUAGCUCAAGGCUGGAUCCCAGGUGCACCUGGCAAAGGAAACCCUCAUACGACUCAGCGACCGCAGAAUGCGCAGCCUCCCGCUCAGCGACAACCGGCCCCUUCGCAACCUACAGCAGAACCUCUACCCGACACGAACAUUGAAUCAAUGGUACGAGCAGUAGCACAAAUAGACAUGGAUGAGACGGGUCAUUGGGAUUACCAUGGACAUUCCUCCGGGCUCAGCUUUGUGCGCCGGAUGAGAGAGCAGUUGGGAGAUCUGAUGGGGCCGGAGACGGUAGCCACGCCUUUCAUCAAGUCUAGACCUAUGUCGGUGGUGUUCGAUUCGCCAAAGUCUGGCGUGGAGUCUCCGACUGCGGGUGAAUUCUCGCCAUCAGGGCACGAUUUACCAGCGAAAGCACUCGCAAUGGAGAUCUGCCACUGUGCUGUUGACGACGCCUCUGCGCUGCUCAAGAUUGUGCACAAGCCCACCUUUUGGCAGGCAUUCGAACAUCUCUACAGCACGCCGCCAGACAACUGGACGAACGAUGAUCAAAGCUUCCUGCCUUUAUUCUACAGUGUGCUCGCUCUGGGCCAUCUCUUCGCCAAGGACGAGCAGAGUGGUGUGAGUCGCGAAGGCUACGAGACUGGGAUCCAGCAAGGUUUCGUCCACUUCAAGACUGCACGCCAGAUGAUGGAUAUUGCCGACUGCAGAGAUCUCAUGGCCAUCCAGGCUGUGAUGUACAUGAUCUUGUUCCUGCAGUCAUCCGCGAAGUUAUCCACGUGCUACGCGUAUGUCGGUGUGGCGCUGCGAUCCGCCUUGCGCAUGGGAUUGCAUCGCGCCCAUACCGGAAACUUUGACCCCAUUGAGGCCGAGACGAGGAAGAGAGUGUUCUGGGUGGUACGCAAGAUGGACAUAUACGUUGGCGCCAUGCUGGGACUGCCGCAAACCUUAAGCGACGACGACAUCGACCAGGAGUUUCCACUCGAGAUCGAUGAUGAAUACGUGACAAAGGAGCGCAUCCUGCCAAUGCCGGAAGGUCGCGUCCCAAUCAUGAUGGCGUUCAACUCUCACACGCGCCUCGUCCAGCUACUGUCGAAGAUUGUCCGCUACGUCUACCCGAUCAAAGUGAAGGGCACGCAACGCGUGGAGGCGGACAAGUCAUACUCGGUGCCUUUCUCGGCCAUCCGAGAGCUGGAGAACGAUCUUGAAAACUGGAAGAACAGCCUACCCGCGGUGUUUAGUCCGUCACCGGCUGAGGAGCGGUACACCAGGAUUCAAUACCUCCUCAGGCUGAGCUACGCCCAUACGCAGGUGAUGCUGUACCGGCCAUUCUUGCACUUCGUGGCGAUGAAUAAGCGGGAGAAGCCUGUGGAUCAGCGAGCGUAUGCUUGCGCGGCAUCAUAUGUGAAUGUCUCGCGGAAUAUUGUGCACAUUACUACGGAGAUGAAGAAGAAUGGCUUGUUGAAUGGCGCGCAUUGGUUUACGAUGUAUACGUCGUUCUUCGCCAUUCUGUCUCUGGUCUACUUCGCCGCGGAGAAUCCGGACAAUCCUACCACGGAGGCAGUCAUGAAGGAUGCGCUGGAAGGAAAGCAGAUUCUCGCUUCACUUGCGCAACGAAGCAUGGCUGCAGACAGGUGCACAGCGACGCUCAACUCCGUCUUCCAGCGGCUACCGGACUGGAUGAGGAACGGUCAGACCAACCCAACGAUCAACCGCAAGCGACCACACGACUCAGGCAAGACUGCGCCGCACGUGCAAAUACCACAAGCAUCCCGCAGCCAUCCCGACGUGUCCACUGUCAACCGCCCAGAACCCACACCAGGCCUGAAGAACCGCGCAAGUACCUUUCCCAAACACGGCCUCGCCCAGCCCCUCAGCAUCUCCCCCGCGUCCUACGACGGCUUCUCGCAAUCCGGGUCCUCAACAAUGGGUCCCCAGACCCCGAAUGGCCACGACUUCCCUCCACCGAACAACUACGGCAUGUACCAACAACCCUCCUCCAGCGCGUCGAACGCCCUCGCCCAAAGCGGCAUGAGCAACCAUUACUCUCUGCCUCCAACGUCCUACCCGAACCCGGCGAUUUCAGACCUCUCGAACAUGAUGUUCCCUUCCGCCGCCGACGAGCCGUUUGGAUAUCCUUCCCAACCCCUCACCACUUUUGAAACAUCGCAGCAGUUCUCCAAAAACAACCCGUACCCCGCCUCCAGCGGUGGACAGAACUACACCACGAGUCACAUGGACGGCAUCACACCCGCUUCCCGCGGCGGGAGGGACGAUAACAUGGAAGCGCAGUUCUAUGCCCUCCCGCCUUUUAUGGAUCAGCGGCAGCAGCCUCAACCUCAGCAGCAGCAGCAGCAGCAACAACAGCCGGGGAUGGGUGCUUUCGGCGUCGGCGGGAUAGGAGGGCAGCAGGGUAUGGCGCCGGGCGGUGCCUGGCCAGGACAGCAAGGGCAGGGGGACGCGAUGGCGAAUAUUAAUAUCCAGGAUAUUUUUGGGGGGAGUGAGUGGUUUGGUCUGAACAAUCCGGGGGGGUAUCAGUGA